AUGAAAGCAUUAUUAGGUAUUGAAACAUUAGAAGAUAUUCAAAAAAUAAAUUCAAUAAGAUUUAAAUCUAAAUAUUGGUUAGAUAAAUAUGAAUUUUUAAAAAUUUAUAACUCAUUAAAUAUUUUUGUUUUAAAAAAAUUUGAAAAAGAUAAAAACAAUACCUAUAUUAAUGAUAAUACAGCUCAAGCAGAUUAUUUUUUAUCAAUAUCAAAGAAUUUCUUAUUUAAAUUGUUAAUGUUUUUAAAUUAUAUUAAAAGCUAUCCAACAAGUCAACAAUUUUCAACAACUUGGGGAAAAGAUCAUAAAACUAUUUUAAAGUAUCGUUCACAUAUAAUAGAUAUAUUUUUAGAAUACUUUUAUGAAAAUCCAAUUGAUCCUUCAUCCAGAUUAACCCAAAAACCUUUAGAAAUUAUUGCCGAAAACCAAUCACCAACAGGUGAAACAAUCAAAAAAAAAAAUUUAAUAUAUAGUGUUAUUGAUACUACAAUUUUCAAAAUAUCAAAACCAGUUGGACAUAAAAACGAAUCACCCUAUUACUCAGAUAAACAUAAAUUUCAUGGUGUAAAAAUUCAAACCAUUGUCAAUAUUACUGAUGGAAAGCUAAAUCACAUAUCAAGAGGUACUUUUCCAGGUUCCAUGCACGAUUUUGAAAUUGCAAAAAAGAUAGAUUUUAAAGAAGAUUACCCAUUGAUUGAAAAUGAACUUAUUUUGGGUGAUUUGGGAUAUCAAGGAGAUCAAGGAGAUCAAAAAGUUUUUUUAUGUGCUAAUAUCAGAGGUGCUGAUCAAAAUGGUGAAAAUCUUUCUCCAAUGGAUUAA